AUGCAUUAAAUAUAGGACCGAUUUGUUCCCAUUUGCAAAGGAUUUGCAGACAAAAAAAAUCCACUCAUCACACCGUUAUUUAUUUUGCAACCGUUUCGCACGCGCUUUCCAUCUACCUUUGAACCGUUCCAAAUGCGAAACGUGAUCCAUCGUUGUGAAAGACGGAAGCUACCAUUCUUCUUCUCUCCAUCCGAAGAAUUGAAGAAACAAGAGCAAAACAUCAUCGUUAUCAUCUUUCACCGUCAAAACAAAACAACGUACACGUACGAUGUCAAUUCAGGAAAGCGACCAAAUCAAACAACUCAGCGACAUAUUCAAACGCUUCGACAUGGACUCCGACGGCAGCCUCACGCACCUCGAGCUGGCGGCGCUCCUCCGGUCCCUCGGAAUCAAACCCACCGGCGAUGAGAUAUACGCGCUGCUCUCCAACAUGGACGAAAACGGCAACGGAUACAUCGAGUUCGACGAGCUCCUGCACGCGAUCAUGCCCGACCUCAACGAGCAGGUUCUCAUCAACCAGGAGCAGCUGCUCGAGGUCUUCCGCUCCUUCGACCGCGACGGCAACGGCUACAUCACGGCGUCGGAGCUCGCCGGCUCCAUGGCCAAGAUGGGCCAUCCCCUCUCCUACAACGAGCUCACCUCUAUGAUGGCCGAGGCCGACAGCAACGGCGACGGUGUCAUUAGCUUCAACGAGUUCGCCACCCUCAUGGCCAAAUCUGCCGCCGAUUUUCUCGGCCUCCAUGUCGCCUAGAACCUCCUCCCUCUUUUGCUUCGUCUUCUCUUUUUUUCUGUAACUUCUUUAGGCUACGUUCGCUUUGGGUGUUGACUUCUGUGUAUAUAUAUAUAUAAACACUUCUCCGGACGUGAAUGCAGAUUCUUCUUGUUGCUUUUUAAUAAGAAAAUAUUACAAAUUAGUCUGCAAUAUUUUU